CGACUAUGAGAGUACAAUAUGCUUAAGUCUAUCCUAAUGAUUUCAUUCAUAUAGUGCAAAUGCUUCGUGAGAUUCAAUGUUUAGGGCAGUAGGAACCACUGGUAGGAACUUGUGGAAUGAUUAUGGUGCGUCAUUCUGGCGUAUGGAAAUAUGUCUACUCAACAUGCACAUGUUUGUAUUUGUAACAUAAAGGUUGUGUAUUGUGCAAGUGCUUCUAGUAAAUUUUUCCAUUUUUUGACAAGGCUCAAGUAGUCACUUGUGGAAAACUAUUAUUCAGUAUGUCAUCUUUUAAGAAUGCGAAAAAAAGCUUGCAAAGAACUCACAGAGAGCGAAGUCAACCGAGAAAUAGAAAGCAGUUUGGUCUUCUUGAAAAGCACAAAGACUAUGUUGUGAGGGCUAAAGAUUUUCAUCGUAAACAAGACCACUUAAAGCUUCUUCGCGAGAAAGCACGGAACAGAAAUCCAGAUGAGUUUUACUAUAAAAUGAUCAAGACUAAAACUCGAAAUGGCGUUCAUGUUGGUGAAAAGAAUAAACCUCAUACUAAGGAACAGUUAAAGAUCAUGAAGAACCAGGAUUUAAAUUAUACAAGGAUGAAGAGAGUUAUGGAACAAAAUAAAAUCGAGAGACUGCAAAGCUCGUUGCAUAUGAUAGAACAGCAAAAAGAUAAACUCAAUAAACAUCUUGUAUUUUUUGAUUGUGAUGAUGAAGUCGACACUUCUUAUUCAAAGAAAUAUGAAACAUUGAAUGAUGGUGUGAAAAUUAAUGAAGACUUACGAAUAGAAAAGGCAAGAAAACGAGCCUAUGAUGAAUGAAAAAGAAAAGAACGAAAAAAGCAAUUGACAGCUCUUGAGCAACAAAUGCAAUUACAAAAGAAUUUGAUGGGGAAAGGUCGACGGAUGAAGAUAAACAAAGACACUGAUGGGCAAGUUGUUUACAAAUGGAAGAAAGAACGUAAAAAGUAAAGCUCUCAUAACAUGUAACAUAGCUUUUUUAAAUGUAUAUUAAACAUACUUUAACAUGAA